AAAUUUGAGUGGAGGUUAUGUUAUAACGAUUUGCGUAAUCUAUACUUCGUAUAUUAGACGUCAUGCAAGUAACGUCACGUCCUGUCAACACUACCCACUAACGUCAAAGCAUCUGUCACUGGCAUGUUUUCUUGUUCUUAUCGUUGUUAAGCCCUUGUGUUAUUUUGAAUUCACUACUAUUACGAUGAAUUUUUGCAUAAAGAAAGCGUUUUUGAACCUCUAUUAGGUAAAAUUGCGUUUGUUUUGUUUUCAAUAUAGGGUGUAGUCUUACACUUUAAGGUUAUUAUAAAACAGGAUUAUGAGUUAAAAUUUUAGUGUGUAUAAUAACUUACCUAUUAAUUCAACUGUGCGUAGCGUUUAUUUCCAAUUAAUACACAUGUAUUUGUUUGAAACUAGUUUGAUUACUUGGCAACUCUCUUUCUACCAUAAAAUAAAGGCUACAAAACAGUUCAUUGACAUAGUGAAUCGCUUGCGGAGGCGUCGAAGUGCGGGGCCAGUUUCAUGGGGCACUGCCAUAAAAUUCCUGGCCGCGCGGAAGUUUGAUGUGGGACGUGCAGUGGCGCUCUAUGAACAGCACGAGUCCACCAGACGCAGAGAAGGCUUGGUGACCUUUGACCCCAGUACCGAGCCCCUCAAAAGCGAGCUUGACACUGGGAAGUUCACGAUACUGCCAACACGUGAUGCCAGUGGUGCAGCAAUUGCUGUCUUCACUGCUCGCAUGCACUCUUCUCAAGUGUCUUCCCAUCAGACUACUUUACAAGGUGUAGUGUACCAGCUGGAUGUGGCUUUGGAGAGUGUUGACACCCAGCGAAGUGGGUUAGUGUUCAUUUAUGAUAUGUCAGACUCCAAAUAUUCUAACUUCGACUACGAUCUUAGUCAGAAGAUACUAACGUUGCUUAAGGGUGGCUAUCCAGCAAAGCUGAAAAAAGUGCUAAUCGUCACUGCCCCACUCUGGUUUAAAGCUCCUUUUAAAAUCUUACGGUUAUUUGUUAGAGAGAAGUUGCGUGACAGAGUAUUCACAGUCAGCAUUCCACAGCUAACUGUUCACAUCCCUCGAAGCUCCCUGCCAACACACCUGGGCGGCACCCUGGACAUCGAUCACGCGGCAUGGUUGCUCCACUGCGUCAAGUCGAUGACCAAUCGCUACGGGGACCUGUGCGAUGUCACCAGCUCCACCCACCCGCUCCCCGCCACCAUCAUAGACCACAAGUCUGCUUUGACGAAUGGGGGCUCUGUGCAUUCAGAUGAAAAAACUUGCGAUAAGGAGGAGCUCAUGAGCAGCAAUGCGGAGGACGAGACGCGCAAGGCAGCGGACGGGCGAGCCCGCCACUCCCCAGCCUUCGUGGCCGAGGAGGAGGAGGACGACGACCUGGAGAUAACGUCGUCCAGGGACACGGACAACGGGGACGCCUGGCAGCACAGCUCAGGUGCCUGUUCGCCCGCCCCACCUGCUUCGUCAGCGAGUAGUGGCUUCUCCGAUGACGACAGCCUGCACUGCGACAUCAGUCAAGGGUGCUCGUUGGAGCAGUUCGUGGAGUCUGUGAGGGCACGUGGUCGCGCUGGUCUCGUUCAGGAAUAUGCGGAGAUCCGUGCUCGUGUCCCAGACGGCUCAUUUAACCAUGCCCGGUUACGAGCUAAUCAGCCAAAGAAUAGGUAUACAGAUGUCCUCUGCUAUGACCACAGUCGCAUUCUCCUUUCGCAGAUUGAUGGAGAUCCUUGUAGUGACUACAUCAAUGCCAACUUUGUUGAUGGGUACAAACAGAAAAAUGCAUUCAUCUCCACACAAGGCCCGCUGCCCAAGACGACGAGCGACUUCUGGCGCAUGGUGUGGGAGCAGCAGGUGCUGGUGGUGGUGAUGACGACCCGUGCCGUGGAGCGCGGCCGGACCAAGUGCGCGCAGUACUGGGAGGAGGAGGAGGGCGGGGUGGCCACGCACGGGAGCUUCCAGGUCACCACCGGCUCCGUGGAGCAGCACCCCGACUACACCGUGUCCUCCCUCAGGAUCACCAACCUCAAGACGCAGGAAAGUCGAGAAGUGAGCCACUUCCAGUUCACGUCGUGGCCUGACUACGGGGUGCCCCACUCAGCCCUGGCCAUGCUGGACUUCCUGGAGCGAGUGCGGCAGCAGCAGAGCUCUCUGGUGGCGAAGCUGGGCGACACGUGGGCCGGCCACCCGCGAGGCCCGCCCAUCGUGGUCCACUGCAGCGCCGGCAUCGGCAGGACUGGCACGUUUUGUACCUUGGAUAUCUGCAUCAGCCGUCUCGAGGACGUGGGUACGGUAGACGUGCGCAGCACCGUCGAAAGAAUCAGAGCUCAGAGAGCAUACUCCAUACAGAUGCCCGACCAGUAUGUCUUCUGCCAUUUGGCGCUCAUUGAGUACGCACUCUCCAAAGGACUCAUAACUGAGCCUGACCUGGCUGGUUUCGACAAUUCACUCAGUGAUGAGUCUGAUUGAGAGCUUUCCUCAAGAUAGUUUCCUAAUUGAAUUUUGAGUGCACUUUAUUGGAUUAAAGAACGCUUCAAUCUGAUUUGUGAUUGGUGAUUUACAACAUAAUGCCAGUACAAGUGGGUCGAACAAAAGUUGUGUGAAGUGGAAACUCAAUCACAUAAUAGUAUUACCUUAUGUAAGUGACUUGAAUGUGAUUUUUUAUAUACUGUUAUAAUUGUUUGAGAUACUGUACAGCAGUCGUUGCAGUUUGCAUUGAAAAUGCUCGUCAGAACUCUGUUAUGUUUCUACUCAUAAGAGUGGAGGAUCUUGAUGUUUUGUAACUUGUCAGUGAGAGGUGUGCAAGUAAAAUUCACAUGUCACCCACCAAGCAUUUUUAUUGUGUUCUUAAACUGUAUUUGUAUGUGCAAUUCGAAAAUUAUGCCUCCAAUGCUAUGUCUUGUACUAUUAAAGUUGUGUCUAUUCAGAAAUGAUUAAGUGUGAGAAAUGGUGCUUCUUAGUUUUUGUAAUUUUUUUUUUGUAGUAGGUAGUGAAUCAUUGUUGAGCAAGUGGUCUGAUUACUACAGCAAUUUAAAUGUUUCCCCCCCCCCCCCCCCCCUUGGGAAUAACAUAGUAUAUAAAAAUUUCAUGUGACAAAAUUUAUUGGUAAUGCAGGCCAGAAUUAUUUUUGGCCAAAGAUGGGACACAUUUUUUAGAUAUGGUUUGUUUUUUAUGAGCUAAAAGUAUUUGUUACACAAAUUGAUAAAAACGUGGUUUAUCUACCUUAUUAUUGGAAAUGUAACUUAAUACCUAGCAGCCGUAAACUUUCGUUGUCUAGAUAAAUGAAAGGUGGUUAGGUCCUAUCUGUUAUGCAGUAAAUCUUGAAAUGAUCGCAUGAUGGUAGGCUAAUGGGUUGGAUAAAAUAGUUUCCCACAAAAGUGUCUCUAGUAAGAAAGUUAAUCACUUCAUGUUAUUUAAUAAAGCUUGUGUGGAUGAUGCAGCCUCUUCCUGUAUACAGAUGGCUAUAUGUAAUAGCAGUUGUGAAUUCCUGGUGGCACUGCAUAGCUGGAGAGCCAGCCAUGUCUGGGAGAGGGUUUUACAUGUUAAUAUCAUUAGUGCGAUAUAGCCAUUUGUCACAGUAUAACUUUAAAAUAAAAUCCAAACUGUGCAUUGCAAAGCAAACAUUAUAGUUGUUAAAUAAACUGUAUGAAAAGGUUAUUGUUUCUGAGUGUAUAUGCCAAAAUUACGAAUGAACUCGACCCAACCUUAAAAAUUAUAUUGCAUGUGUUUACUUGAAAAAAAAAAAAAUUAAAAAUGAAAUGUGUGAUGUACUAAAGCUAUUGUAAUGUUAUCUUCCAACCACAAUUUAUUGAAAAUUUCCGUUAUUAUGUAUUUUUCAAUUAACUGUGUAGUAUGAUAAAAUAUAAUGCAAUAUAGUAACUAAUCAGGUUACUUUUCAUAAACACAUCUAGAUAUUCAAAGCUUACAUCUUAUAACUUAAUACAAUGUUAAUUUUUUGUGUAAUCCCAAGGAAUUUUGUUGUAAAAUCAGACCACUGGUUUUUCUAAUGAUUCAUUUAUAAAUUGUUGCAGUUGAAGAGAAGAAAUAAUUAUGUUUUGUACUCUUUAUAUUUCUAGUUAAGAUAUAAAAUUAGGCUUAUAUAAAAAAAAUAUCAGGAGCCCAUCACCCAAAGAUUUUUAACUUUGUACCUUAAAUUCAAAAGCAGAUCAAUAACCAUUUGUGAAAUUAUGUGGAUGCUCAUCAAUUUAAAAUAAGUGUCUUGGCAAGACAGAGAAGUUGUGUAUUAUAAAACUGCUGUGUUUAAAAAAUGUAGGCAGUAUGGAAUUUGUGUGAAAAGGAUGAUAAUAUAUUUGCCAAUACAGUACCAAAUAUGUAGGAAUGUUAUGGACAACUAUGGAAUGUAUCUGGAUAAUUUUCAACCAUGUAAUGAUAUUCAAGAUUUUUUUGCUUGGACAUCAGUAGAAAUUACUACAUAAAUAACAUUUGUUUUUUGUUACAUCAUAAACCAAUUAGUUGUAAAAAUGAAUAUGUAUGGAUAAAGACUUCUUAAAAAUUUGUGGUCCAUAUGUUAGGGGUUAUAGAGCUCACCAAGAUAAGCACAAGUCACCAUACAUACACUCAUAAUUCAACCAGUGAAGUUUUUAAGGAUGCUUUCCAGCAAAUUAUAUAAACAUACAGUUCCCAGCAACCGUCGUAAUUUGCGCUGUGGAUCUUCAGUGAGACAGAAUAAGAGAAGACUGUGAUGCAUUACACUUGCGGGCAUGCGGAUGGCAAUGCAAGGGAAACACUAAGAUUGUAUGAGGAUGUUUUCCAACAAGGCACAUGCCAGAUGCGAGAACCUUUCAGUGACUACACCAUUAUCUCUGCGAAAGGGGCUUGUUUGCAAAUUGCAGGUAGAAUGACGGGCGUGCAAGGAAUGUCUCCUGUCAUUCUGUAUCUUUCUGGCUUGCUCCUCAUUAUGUCAUAGCUAAAGGCAAGAUUGUAUAGUAAAUAGUGAUAAAACCGAAAUAAUAGUGAAAUUAAGUCAAUACACUGCAGAGUACUGAAAUAGAAGUCAUGAACACCUCAUUGCACUGAAUUGCAGAAAAAUUCACUUCAAUUACCUGAAUUAAACUAUUAAAAUAUAGUUGAUUUCAUAAAUCUUUUGUUUGUUUUUUAUUUAAAAACUGAAAAUUUUAUGUACUAUUAAAAAAAAAUUGUAAUUUCUAUGGGUGUUUUUUUUCCAAAGUAAUUAAAAGCAAUCUAUAGCUGAUGCCAUACAUUUAUGGUUAAAGCCUACAGAGAAACAUCACAAGUAUAAUGUAGUAAGUACAAUGAUUUUGGGAUUUUAACAUCAUUGGAUAGUGAUAUUUUGAUUAUUGCAUAAUUUAUUUGCAGGUGGGUUUUUUUUAUUUUUUAUUUUUAUUUUUUGUAGCUUACACUCAUCAGUAUAUCUAGUAUUUUUUAUGUAAAUAUUUUAAGUGUCUUACUACAUUAUUGUUGAAGCAAUUGAUCAAUGUAAUUGUGCUCUAUAAAUGUACUUUAAUGUGUUUUAAUUUUUAAUGACGAUAAAGACAAAAUCCACUUUUUUUAAUAACAAAAUUAGCUUUUUUAUAACACCAUAAAACCUUGGCUCUAGUCAUACUGCAGCAUGUAACGUCCUCUAGAACUUCACUGGUUGAGUUCCAAGCAUGUAUUGUAUGGUACCUAAUUUGUGCUUGUCUAUCACCCUCUAACAUCUGUACCACAAUUUUUUUUUAACUUUUUUUGUGUUUUUAAUUAAGUGUAGUAACAUAUGUCGAAAAGUAAAUUGAAAAACUUUGAUUUUGACAUUUAUUUCAUCAAUGAAAAUUUGAUUUUUUUUUCAUUCUUCAAAGAGCAUUGAGAAUGGUAACAUUUACUUUCUUAGAUUCCUAAAAUCUUGUAAUACCUAACUUAUAUAUCUUAAACUUAAAUAGUUAAAAACCUUGUUAAUAAAUUUAUUUUAGUACAUACAGUGAAGUGUUUGAAUAUGGAGUGAACAUGAAAUGUAUGAUAGUUUCAGUUUUGUAACCAUGUUAAUAAAUUAUUUCUAGGAGUUUGUGUUUAAACAAUACAUAUAGGUACAUAAAGAUAGUUAAUGAAGUAUACAUGGCUUGAUUAUGUUAUUGAUAAUCAUGAAAUUUAAAGUCAACAAGUGUGUUUUAACCAAUGUGUCUUCCUUGCUUAAGCAUCUGUGUUUAUUUUGACUUAAGGGUGUUAAUCUUUAUGUGACUCAACAUAUCGUAGUUCUUUAUUACCAGAUAAAAUAUAAGCACAGAACUCCUGUGGUUAAUUUGACUUAACAAAGUUUGUGUACACUAAUAACUACUUAAAAAAAUAUUUUAUAACUGUAAAUAAUAUUUUAAAACUGGCCUACUAUGUGAAUAGUAUCAGACAUGUUAUUCGUCAUUUUUUCAGCUGUGUCAUGUACUGUUGUUGCCAAACAACUUGAAGGGUUGCGUACCUUGUGCCUGACUUCCCCCUCUUUUCCCACACAACGGGUGAAACAUGCCGCCGCACAGCGAGCCAGUAGGAUACCAGCCAUCCUGCAAACAUUUGGCUACUAAUUACUAACAAACUUUUUUUAUGGCCUUUUCAUUACAAGUUUCUUAUUACCAUUCUAAUAACUGAUCAAUUUUUACUGUGCAUAACCCCACUAAAGCAAUUGAGAUGUUUGUCACUACUUAUUGAGGACCUUAUUAGACAAAAUUAAUCAAAAUGUUUUUAUGCGACACAAAGUAUGGAUGAGGUGAGCAGGCAACCGGUUUUCCUGUCCUACAUCUCCUCAAACCCCUCUUGAGAUUGUCUCAAUCACCCCCAUGCAAAUAACCUUCAUGAGUUAUGGCGACAACAGUGCCAUCUGUGUUGUUUUAAAUCCAGUGAGUAAUGUAUUUAGAAUGUUAGUUCCCUUUGUACAUCUGUUUAGAGGCUUUUCAGUCAAGUCUGACAUUGUGUAACAUUGUGCUCUUACUUAGAACUAAAACACAUCUUUAUUUAAUUGCUGAGCUAAGCUUUAAUGUCACUGCAUAGAUUUUUGAGUUUAUAAUAAACUGUUAGUGUGAUUGUAUUUCUAAAGAUUCUUUAAGUUUUCCAUUUUUCAAAUUCUCAGAAGGAGACAAUGCAGUGAAAUUGAAUGGUUUCAAUACUCAUUGAAAUUUUCUUAACUUAUAUAUAGUAAAGCAGUUUUUUAUUUGUUAAUAUAGUUUAACAUGGUGUUUAAAUUUUUGGUAAUCAGUCUCUGAGUAACAUGUCCAAAAGAUUAAAAGCAUUGCGAAGCUUUAUUGGUAACAAAAGUCUUAAACAAUACACUUUCUUAUAUUAUUGCAGAGGGCUUGUAUUUACAUCCAAAAAUAUUUAUCUGUAAACCAGAAGUCAUUCCUUGGCCAUACUUGGCUGUGACAUCACUUUUGUUAUAAAUAAACUUAAUUUCUGAAGGAUGUAGUGAGGCAAUUUGUUUUGUGAAAUGUUCCUCUUUUAAUUUAUUUCAGUGUAAAUUAUAGUCAACUUAAUUUGCGAGGAGAAAACUGAAUAAAUUUGAGUUUAGAUGUAAAACCAGAAAGUAGUCAUGAUAGAAUAAGUACUAUUAUUUAAGGUUUACUGGAACUUUAUCGCAUUUGUAUUAUAUACAUGUUAUACGGAUAGCGUGAAGGAGCAGAGACGUUUGUAAGCUGCCCCUGCUGGUAUUGAAAUUAAAUGACCAUCUUCAUAUCAGAUGUGUAGUUAAA